CCGGUUUUCCCCCUCUCGCUCCUCUCUCCCCUGUUUCUGUGCCCUGUUCUGUUCUGUUCCUGCCAGAAUAACCAUCUUUCCAAGGCAUACCUAUUUUCAAAUUCCCUCCUUCUCUUUCUCUCUCUCUCUCUGCAAGAAAAGACAAGGAGUUUUGAGUUUCCGAUUUCAAUGUGAGGUGAAAGCUAUGGUUCAAUCUCACAGCUCUAAGAAUUAAGAGGAGCUGUUGAGAUUUUUUUUCUUCUUCGGAACAGCUACCAGGAAUCGCAGAUGAUUUCCGUGGGAGAAAUGGAGGGGACUCAGGAAAACCCAGAAGUGGAAUUGGUAGAGCGUUUGAAAAAACUGUAUUUAAAUGAUGACGAUCCAUCUCCGAGAGGGGUGCUGGAGAACCUUGUUUUGGGUGCGGACUCGGACCACAGCAGCAGCAGCAGCAGCAGCAGCUGCAGCUCCUCCUCUUCCUCUUCCACGGCGGAGAGAUUGAUCGGUGACGGAGCUCCGGAGGCGCGUCGUUUGCAGUGGAAGAACUUGGUCAGUGCUCUGAAGAAGAAGUCUGCGAGAAGGCUUUCGACGAUCCCAUUACUGACGCACUACGAAAUGACGAGGAAGAAUUUGAUGAAGAGGAGGUUGGGCCGGUUUCGCAGCGCAGAGGAUGCGAUUAACUGCGAAGGGAUGCCGGUGCCGAAGCCGUCGUGGAGGAGCUUCGACUACCAUGAGCUCGCGGCGGCUACAGAUAGUUUCAGUACCGAGAACUUGAUUGGGAAAGGUGGGCAUGCAGAAGUGUACAAGGGGUGCUUAUCAGAUGGUCAGGUUGUGGCAGUGAAGAGGCUAACGAAGAAGGAGGAAAACGAAGAAGAGAGAGUUGGUGAUUUCUUGUCGGAGCUUGGUAUUAUUGCCCACAUUAAUCACCCACAUGCUGCUCGGCUGAUUGGGUUCAGCGUCGAUGGUGGUUUGCACCUUAUCCUUCAACUAGCCUCGCAUGGCAGCCUGGCUUCUGUGCUUCAUGGUUCAGGGGAGAUUCUCCCUUGGAGUAUAAGGUUUAAGGUGGCUCUUGGGGUGGCAGAAGGUUUGAAAUAUCUCCAUCAUGAUUGCCAAAGGCGAAUUAUUCAUAGAGACAUUAAAGCCUCUAACAUAUUGCUCUCCGAAGGUUAUGAACCCCAGAUUUCUGAUUUUGGACUAGCAAAAUGGCUCCCAGAAAAGUGGUCUCAUCAUGUUUUCUUUCCAAUUGAAGGCACAUUUGGAUAUUUAUCUCCGGAAUAUUUUAUGCAUGGGAUUGCCAAUGAGAAGACAGAUGUCUUUGCUUUUGGGGUCCUCUUGCUGGAGCUCAUUACAGGUCGUCGUGCUGUUGAUUCUUGUCGGCAAAGCCUUGUGAUGUGGGCAAAACCAUUGCUGGACAAAAAUAGUGUAAGAGAGCUGGUUGAUCCGCGACUACGUGAUGAUUAUGAACUUAGUGAAAUGAAGCGCGCCAUGCACGCAGCUUCAAUAUGCAUUAACCACUUAUCCACCAGACGCCCUGAAAUGAAUCGGGUUGUGCAGAUUUUGAGGGGUGAAGAGAGAUAUGUCGACUUAAAGCAGAAGUCUAUGAUGGGAAGACCACUGCUUCUGGAUUCUUGUGACUUGGAGGACUACACCUGCAGUAGCUACCUCAAUGACCUCAAUCGCCAUAUGCAACUUGUUUUGGAGUAGUGCUUGCUCUAGUUUGAAACUCUGUCUUUGGUGCUGCCUUGCCACCGAAGCUGCCGCUGCUGUGCCACCGCCCGUGGCCACUUCUUCAUCUUCUAAAGGGUUAUUUUCAGUGUGGAAGCAAAGAAUGGUGUGUAUUUCUUAAGUAAAUGAGACGGCAUUGACAAAGCCACUCUCUAAUAUUCAGAACCCUAGCUUCUUUGGAAGUCUUUUUUUCUUUUUCUUGAGAAAUGUUAUUCAUGAAGAGAAUAGGAGAGAGGAGAGAACAGAGGAGGUCUACAUUACUAUAUCCUUUCUGUUUUAGUCCUUUGUUAUGCGAAUUCGUGAUGUUACAACUUGAUUCUUGCUAGUAAAGUAAUGAAUUGAACAACAAAA